AUGGUUUUGCCGUUGACGCUGUUGGAGGCGGCGAAGUCGAAUGCAGUGUUGGUUGAGUUGAAGUCUGGCGAGACGUUCUCGGGACGGUUGGAGUCGCAUGACAGUCACAUGAACAUGACAUUAAGCGAAGUCAUCCGGACGAACGCUGAGGGAACGCGGUUCUGGAAAGUCAGGUCGGUUUAUGUGCGCGGUAAUGGCGUGAAGUACAUCCGGUUCGCGGACGAAGUGGUUGAGCGCGCCCGGGCACUGCCCAAACCCGUCCCGCGAGGCGGCGUACGGGGAGGCGGUCGAGGAGGCGCCCGUGGGGGCGGCCGAGGGGGAGCCACCGCCAGUGGCCGGAAUGCGGCCGUCCAGGCACCCCGUGGCGGUCGCGGCCGCGGCCGAGGCGGCCCCUAG